CGCCACCUGCGCUCGACGAUCAAGUCGAUCCUGGCCUCGCCCGAGUCGCGCCGCAUCUACUUCUUCCUGUGCCUCAACCUCGCCUACAUGUUUGUCCAGAUGGCGUACGGCAUCUGGACCAACUCGCUCGGCCUCAUCUCGGACUCGAUCCACAUGUUCUUCGACUGCCUCGCCCUCGCCAUGGGCCUCUUUGCGAGCGUCAUGGCGACCUGGCCCUCGAACGACGUCUUCACCUUUGGGUACACUCGCGUCGAGACGCUCUCGGGCUUUGCCAACGGCAUCUUCCUGUGCCUCAUCUCGGUCUUCAUCGUCUUCGAGGCCGUCGAGCGGCUCAUCGACCCGCCCGAGAUGAACACGGGCCAGCUCCUGACGCGCUCGCACUCGCACGCCGCCUCGCCCUCGGCCGCGACCUCGCCGACCCACGCCCGCUCGCCGUCGCUGCACGCGCACUCGCACGCGAGUCCUGCGUCGGCGCACUCGCACUCGCACGGCGACGCGCAUGCACACGAUGAGCAGGGCUGCGGCGCAGAGGAGGAGCACGAGGACGACGAGGACGAGCCCGGCGCGGCGGGAGGAGGGCACAGCCACAACAUGAAGGGCGUGUUCCUCCACGUCAUGGCCGACACGCUCGGCUCGGUGGGCGUCAUCAUCUCGACGCUCCUCAUCAACCGAUACGGCUGGACCGGGUUCGACCCGCUCGCGUCCAUCUUUAUUGCGGUCCUCAUUUUUGCGAGCGUCGUGCCGCUCGUCGUCGACUCGGGCAAGCUGCUCAUGCUGGACAUGGGCGACGAGACCGAGGCCGACGUCCGCAAGGCGCUCUCGGCGGUGCAGCGCAUCGAGGGCGUCGCGUCGUACACCAAGCCUCGGUUCUGGCAAAAGGACCCGUCGUCGAUGGUCGGCUCGAUCUGCAUCCAGCUCGCGCCCGCUCCCGGCGACUACUCGGCGCAGCAAGGCCGUGCGCCGCUCCACUACGCCGACGUCGACAAGGUGACGGCCAAGGUGCGGCGAGCGCUGCGGAGCACCAUUGGCGGGCUCGACGACUUGACGAUCCAGGUCGAGCGGUCGUCGUCCCUCGUCGAGUGA